AUGGCUUUCAAAGCGAUACCGGUGCUGGAUCUUUCGGACGGCAGGUCGGAGGAUACCAAGCCUGAGUUUCUUGUGAAGUUGCGAGAGGCCCUACUUCACACGGGUUUCCUUUACAUCAAGAACACCGGCAUCGAUCAAGGAACCUUUGAUCGUGUAUGCGAUGAAGGAAUCAAGUUCUUUGAUCUUCCGGACCACGAGAAGCUGGCCAUUGAGAUGAAGAAUCAGCCAAGCUUCUUGGGGUAUAGCAGGCUUGGGAACGAAAUCACAGCUCACCAAGCAGAUUGGCGGGAACAGCUCGACUUGAGCACACCUCAUCCUUUACCAACUGACAAAGAUCCACUGUAUCACAAUCUACUUGCUCCCAAUCAAUGGCCCAACGCGGAGAGGCUGCCGACAUUCCGGCCAGUCUUCGAAGACUACAUGAAGAAGAUGAGUGAAGUCAGCACUUUCUUCACCAGCUUGAUAGCAGAGAGUUUGAGUCUUCCGUCCACCGCAUUUGAUUCUUUCUUUGAUGGGAAGGAUCAACAACACAAGUUGAAGAUUGUGAAGUACCCUGACAGUGGAGCUGGAGCCGGGCAAGGUGUUGGGCCGCAUAAGGAUAGUAUGCUCACAUCCUAUCUCUUACAAGCCAGUGACCAUCGCGRCUUGCAAGCACAGAACACGCACGGUGAAUGGAUUGACUGUCCUCCCAUACGUGGGACACUCGUCGUGGCUAUCGGACAAGGCUUGGAAGCCUUGACCGGCGGCGUAUGUGCGAGUACGACUCAUCGAGUUCUCUCUCCCGAAGCUGGAAAGGGUGCUCGAUUCUCCAUUCCGUUCUUCCAGGGCGUAAGUUAUGACGCCAAGUUCGAAUCGAUGAACGUGCCAGCACACGUGCGGGCYCUUCGCGAGGAUGUCCUGGCUCGACAGAACGGCAGGAUUGACGAUGUCGAGUUUACCUUUCGAGCAGGCCAAUGGAAUCACUUGGGCGAGGCAACACUAAUGAACCGCAUCAAAUCGCAUCAGGACGUCGGUGAGAGAUGGUAUCCGGAGUUGCUUGCGAAAGUGCGAGACCAGGCGCGGGGAGUCCACACCGCUUCGCAAGUGGACGAGAAAGCUUCCAUUGUAGCUGCUGCGAGUGUCUCAGUGAAAGCGCACUGA